CCCAUCCCGGCCCGGUUGUACACCUAGGUCAUACAUUCAGCUUGCCGCUCCCAGCUCAAAUUAUCAUGUUCAGGCUUUCUCAUCCUGCAACUCAUGGCGCGUAGGUUGUGAUAGUAAUUUGUCUAAUUCCUCAAGUUAGUCGUCAAAUCGAGGUCCUUCUGUAUAUGAAUAUUCUGUCAUGAAUUGUAAAUUUGCAAAGACUCAUGCCCUUCCCAUGGUUUUUAGGGUUUCAUCUCAAUCCAAAUGUUCUCAACACUUUCAGAGCAUGAAAACCCAAUUGUUCUCAAAUGGGUUUCAUCCAAUUUGCUUGGAAAGCCUCAAUGGAGUUAAAUUUAGGAGCCUAUCUGGUUUGUGCUGUCACCGAACCACAGGAACUCUCCCAGUGCUUAAACCCAUUAAUUUCUCAACUGGUUUUCAUUCGAGCACCUCUCGUUUCAGUAGAAGAGUAAAUCCCAGAAAUCUCUCAGGUAGGGUUCAUCUGAGAAACACCCUACAAGCUGCUCGUCUAAUAGGAACUAGAAAUUUCUCAAAUGGGUCUCGUCGGAAAGCCAUGGAAGGUAGCAGGGGAGCAGGAGACAAGAAAACCUUUCCUUGGAUAGCAGCUUACAAUAACAAGAAAUCGAAAGGGUUGGAAAAACUACAGAAUGGGAAGACUAGUCGAUCUUCCUGGGAGGAAUCUGCAGACGUAUUCUUAAAGAAAAACGGUGGAGAGUAUGUUGCAGGGUAUGUAGACGGUGAGAGUAGAGCGGUGGAUAUGAUGGGAAGUCGUAGGAGUAGUCCUUUGGAAAGGGAUGAAAGCGUGGGAAUAGAAGAAAACGAUGCUGAGAUUGAUAGUGAUCCAAGGUGGAAUAAGAUUAGAAGUAGGUACAGGAAAAUUACGGAAUUCGAUUCGGAGGCUGGGCUGGAAAAUCCUGAUUUGCGAAGGUGGAAUAAACAGGAAAAUUGGGGUAGAAAGACUUGGAAGGAGGCUACACCAUCUACGAUACCGAAGAUGGUCGGUGAAGCAGUAUACGGCGUUGGUCCAGUUUUAGCAGCGUUGUCGGCAGGAACAAGAGAAUUUUAUGCUCUUCAUGUCCAAGAAGGUUUGGAUUUGAGUAGCAAUAAUAGGAAGAAGAAAGACAAGAAGGGAUUUGAGAAGGUUCUGAAAAUAGCUGAAAGAAUCGGAUUGACCAUUACACAAUCGUCAAAGCAUGACCUCAAUAUGGUUGUGGAUAAUCGUCCCCAUCAGGGUUUGGUAUUAGAUGCUUCUCCAUUGGAGAUGAUAAGCAUACGGGAACUCGAUCCUGUUUCAGUAGAGGAAGAGAAGGGUCCUCUCUGGGUUGCUUUAGAUGAGGUUAUGGACCCUCAGAACCUAGGGGCCAUUAUCCGGUCUGCUUAUUUCUUUGGAGCUACAGGGGUGGUGUUGUGUGCAAAGAAUUCAGCUCCAUUGAGUGGUGUUGUGAGCAAAGCUAGUGCAGGUUCACUUGAAUUGAUGGAGUUGAGAUGUUGCAAAAAUAUGAUGCAGUUUUUGACAUCUUCUGUGGAGAAUGGAUGGAGGGUUCUAGGUGGUUCUGUUUCUUCAAAAGCUGUUCCUUUAAAUGAGGUUUUGCCUGGAGCACCAACUGUUCUGGUGUUGGGCAGUGAAGGCACUGGGUUGAGGCCUUUAGUUGAGAGAUCUUGUACUCAGUUGAUAAGAAUCCCAGGAAACAUUCUCCCUGUCUCUGCAGGGAGACUUCAAGUUGAGGAAACUGAAAUCAUGGAUCGUGGAUGCUCUGGUGAAGAGUUCCAAUCCUUCUUGGCUGUUGAAAGCUUGAACGUUAGUGUUGCAGCUGGCGUGCUUCUUCAUUAUUUGGCUGGAAGCAACAUCAACAACCAUAAUUCUCACUGAGAACAUUCUUUACUUGGAAUCAGGCUGCUGUGAUUUCUUCUCCACUUCAGGUUUCGUCUCUCCAGCUUUCUGGAAGAACUCGUUUUUCACUGCAACCUCUUGAAAUAUUUCAACCAACAAAGCAAUUUUGUUGGACCUCAUUUCAAAUGUUUGAAGGGGUUGCAGCUGCAGGGAGAUGUUAGGGGGUUGCAGUGGUGGGGCAAGGUGAACUGCUUUCUGUGGAAGAAGAAGAAAAAGGAGGAGGACUAAGACUUGGGUCCCACUUUUGUUAAUAAAGGACGGGUAAUUUGGGUAACAUAACCCUUCUGUCCCAUCCCUUUCUUCAAUGGCUUAUUAAUCUGUGCUUCUUUCUGAACAUCAAGUUUACUGGAAAAAGAUGAAUAGGGUAGACAAAGGGGGCCGAGAGCAUCAGGGGUGUAUGAAAAGUAUGAAGAGAGGGAGAGAUACAGAGAGAAUGCACUUUGUAAACACAUCCGAAACAGGGCUUCUCAGAUCAUACUUGCCAUUAACAGCUUCAUCUCUGACCCGAAAGAAAAUUAAAGAUUAAGGAUGCUUAAACUCUGAACUCUGAAGAUGAUUUGUGUUUUGGUCGCAGUUAUGGAUUUGAUGGGUUUUUGCUUUGAGUCGAGCUUCAAUCUUGCUGUGGUGUUUGAUCAGAAUGAAGUCAUAACUUUUUAACCCUAACUUUAUUUGAAGACAAAAGGAGAGGAAGAGGGUGGAGGUGUUGGUUCUCUAGGUGGAGUGACAGACAUGUGCGGGGGUUGCAACUGCAGGGCAAGAGCUCCAUUCUGUGGAAGGAGGCGGAGUAAGACUUGAGUUCCAUUUCUGUUAAUAAAGGAGGGGUAGUUUUGGUAUUUUAAAGUAUCGGGGGAGAAGGAGAUGUAGGAGCUUACUUUUU